AUGUAUAUAGACGUGUUUAAACGCAUUUUCUUUGAACGGCUCAACUGCUUGAAAAGAAUGUGUGUAUGUCAGCGCCAAUGCAGCUCUAUAGCCAUGUCUAAGGCUGCAGUGAAGAAGCUGCAUUGGCGCUCCCAGGUACAGGAGAGCUUCGUUCCCCUGGUCGGGGUGAACGGAGAUCUGGGCGUGGCCAUUGGCGGAGGUGCUGACUAUGGAGAGUUCCCGUUCGUCACAGCAGCGCCCGGGGGAGGGCUCACAGUUGGGGACAUCAUCUUGGAGAUUGGGGGGACCCCGGUCCUCGGGAUGACGUUGGGAGAUGUGCGGGGAGUUCUCAAUUCCUGCCCUCACCCAAUCCGCAUCAAGACUGUUUCCCCAGGUUCUACACUGUGUAAGGACCUGAGGUUGUACCUCAGUAAGUGUUUUACUCCAGGCUCCGUGGACAGCCAGCUGCAGCAGGUUAUUAGAGAGAACCUUUAUCUGCGGGCCGUGCCCUGUACGACCAGACAGCCGCGAGACGGCGAGAUCUCGGGAGUGGAUUAUAAUUUUGUCUCUGUAGAGGAAUUUUUCUCGCUGGAGGAAUCUGGAGCUCUGCUGGAGAGCGGUAAAUUCAAAGGGAAUUAUUACGGAACUCCCCGUCCUGUCCACAUCAGUCCGGACAGUCCCCCCAUCACCUAUCAAGAGCACCGGAACCUUCUCCGAAACUUCCGCACGCGCAGUAAGUCCCUCAGCAACUUGGAGAAGGCAGUGGAGGAAGGAGAGAACAGUGAGGAAGACUCUGGUCUGUCAGGGGGCUCAGCAGGGGCGAGCAGCGUCCCCGCGCCAACCCUCUCCCCCAGCCAGUCCCGGGAUUCCAUCGGGGGGGACAGCGGUGCCUUGGAGAACGGGGGUUUACCCAGUAGAACAGUGAGAGGUGCCCAGCCUGAAGUCUGGGACAUGGUUUACACGGACUCAGGGGAACCUCUCUACAUUAACCAAUACUCCAAGUCCCCUAGCUGGCUAGACUCUCGCAUGCAGGGUCGAGGCACAGUCAGCAAGCCUGAGGUGCCAGUAUUCACAGAUAAUCCAGGUGAGCUGAGGGGUUACUCUGUCCACACCCGUCUGUCUAAGGGACCGCGAGGUUUCGGCUUUAAUAUCGUCGGAGGCAGCAGGCCGCGGGAGUUCCUGCAGGUCUACAGCGUGACGCCCGGAGGACCUUCCACACUCAACACAGCUGACAUUCUGGUUUAUAUUAAUGACACAUGUGUACUGGGAUACUCCCAUAAGGAGGUGGUGGAGAUGCUUAAGGCAGUACCAGUGGGGCACAGUGUGGACGUGGUGGUACGGAGGGGUUACCCCAUGCUCUACAACCCUGAUGGCUGCCCCAAGCAGCCCCCGCCUGUGCUUCCGGAUUCCCGGGACUACGCCAUCUCCACGCCACCUCCUCCCACCACCACGCAGCCUCAGCCCCAGGCCCAGUCCCUGUUCCCCCAGUUCCACCAUCACCCCAACCUCAAUGGAUCGCCGUCCCACCAGGAGAGGGUGUACGCCCAGCCUAUGAGCGGGAGGUCAUCUCGGUUGAGCCUGGACACCAACGGUAACGCGGCUCCCAUGACUCCUCCCCACACGCCUCCUACUUUCCAUUACUCCAACGGAAGCGGCCUCCUGCGGCCACCACGCUCCUCCAGGGGGAUUCGACGCUUACAGCUCCACGAGUACUCCCUGGCCAGUCAGAGCGACAGCGAGGUGGUGUCAGCCAUAGGCUCCCACAGAGCCUCCAUUCGUAACCAUAACAACAACUCUCUCUUAGCGCCUUCACCUCAGCGUCUCUAUUCAGCCAAGUCUUCAGAGAGCGACCUCUCCGUCUAUGCCCCCGCCCCGCCUAUCUCUCGCCUGCCCCUCCCUCAAACACAGGAGGGAUCUAUGGUCCUCUCCACGUCCCCAAGGAGAAGGACUUACUCUCAGCUCCUGAGACCAAACCCCUCUGUGCUGACCCCUCCCAUGUCUGCCCAAUCAGAUCAUCUGCACUUCACCUUUAAUGGCGUGGCUAGUGCUAGCAGUGGCAGCCCCAAUAGCAGCACCCAGUCGCCGGGGGCGAUGAGCGGUGGGAGCGGGGGCGGGAUUUGGGGCGGAGGAGGGGAGCUGGUGCCCGUGGCCCUGGGACAGUGCGAGAGCGGAGGGGGUUUGGGUUUCAGCGUAACCGCGGGGGGGCAUGACGGCCACCUCACCGUGGUGAAGAGGGUAUGGGACCGUCGACAGUGCUCUGGUCUCCAGCCCGGAGAUACCAUCGUCAAAAUCAACGGAGCGGACGUACAGAGUCUCAGCUUUGCCCAGGUUCAAAGAAUCCUAGAAGAACACACCAAAAGAGGGGAAGUCAUUCUGCUUGUUCAUAGAGGAGGUAAGUUUUGCUCCCUGCAUUCUCCAAACUCAAUACGCAGGCUCCGCCCACCCCACCUUCGCCCCGCCUCUACAUCCAGCGCCCCAGAAGGUCAGGCAUCUCACUCUGAGGCCGUGGUGCUGCCACGGACCUCCUUGACCCCGCCUCCACCGUCGCUGGUGCGUUCCUCAUUGGUCCAGAGCACUAGUUUCCUGGAUUCCGUUCCCGUCACCUUAACCAUGGAGCCAAGGGAUUGGCUGACCGUAGAGGAGGGAGGGAGAGUCCUCAGCCCCAGGCCAAGCCCCGCGAAUAAAGAGGAAAAACGUCAACCUCACCAUCCUCGUGGUUUUGAGGUAGAGUUGAGGAGGAAGCCGGGAGAAGGAUUCGGCUUCGUCAUCGCAUCUCAGGACUUGGAGAACGGCCGAGCUGCCUCUCUACUUCCUCACCGUUUCGUGACUGUGCGGAGGGGCAGUCCCGCGGCGCGGAGCGGUCAGAUUCGGCCGGGGGACAGACUGGAGGCGGUGGAAGGACGUUCGGUGGUGACCCUCCCUCACCGUGAACUCGCUCAGCUCCUGCGUCGAGCCGGAAACACGCUUCGCCUCACCAUCGUCCCUCGCUCCAGCGCUCACUCCUCUGAGAACUCAGACUUUGACCCCAAUUACAGAAUCAGGAAAGGCCAGAGGUCACGAUCCAAGGACUCGCGCUAUUACAGUGUGGAUCUGGAGAGGGGGCCCACGGGAUUUGGCUUCAGUCUGAGGGGGGGCAGUGAGUAUAACAUGGGCCUGUAUGUACUGGGACUGAUGGAGGGAGGACCUGCCUCACGCAGUCACAAGAUACAGGUGAGCGAUCAGUUGGUGGAGAUAAACGGGAACAGCACUGUGGGAAUGACCCACAGUCAGGCAGUGGAGCAGAUCAGGACAGCAGGACACCGUAUCCACCUAGUGUUGAAGAGAGGAAACGGAUAUGUCCCCGACUAUGGCCGUGAUAUCCACGCAGCCUUCCCCUCCUCCUCAUCCUACCCCGCAGAGUCGGGUCUGGCUGCAGUAGGGCGCAGCCGCAGGUCCAGAGAGCGAAAGCACGAGCGGAGGAGGCGAGAGGAGUGGAGGACAUGGGGAAGGGAGAGCAGGGCGACGAGAGGGAGGGUGAUACUCGACGGCGAGCCGGACUGGGAGGAGAGCAGCACCAUGAAGCAGGCGGAGUUCUCACAGCUUACCCAGAAGCGCACUGAGGAGCUACAGAGAUGA